ACAAAAAAACAUAAACAAAUCCGACUCAGAUUAGUUGAGGGUGGAAUUAGAAACGAUGCGCGUAGAUUUCAAAAGUAAAUCUUAUUUUCCUUGCCGCACAAAGACAAUAAAUAACUAUCGACUAACUUUAAACUGACUGUCUGUUAAUUUAUAACUACUAAUCGUGUUUAUGUUUACUUGAACUUCGAUACGCAUCACAACUUCCACUCAGGAAGCCAGUCAGUCGUACCCGCGUGUGAGCGCAGUGUUAGUUUCCACACUGAGAUAAACAUGAGAGCAAACCUGAGAGAGAACACUUUUUUCUGUGCAAUUCUUGUGUUGUUAUCUAAAACAUCUGGUCAAACAUGCGGGGGAAAGUGUGCAGCUUGUUUCCAGGUCGCACCUCACUCCAGCUCCAUGCUGGGUGGAAGAGCUCUGAGGAUCCUCAGUUUGAUCCUCAAUCCUGGUGCAACACUGGUCUGCAGGUUCAAAGGUGAGAUUGAGCGAGAAGGAUUCAUUGAUGCUGAAGGCCGUGCGUACUGUAUCGCUCCUUUGUUGUAUGAGACGGGUUGGAUACCAUUUAAUGUUUCAACAGAUGGACUCAAUUUUGACAAAUGUGCUGAGUACUUGUCAGUCCAUCCCAGUAAAGCAGACCGUGCUUUGGAAGUCACCCUGGUGAAUGCAACGCAGUGGCAGAACUACGGCACGCCGCACACGGCUGGACGUCUCAGUAUGACGUGGAAUAGCUCUUUGAUCGGAGCAGAGAAGGUCGACGUGGAGCUGUGGGGUUACAGGGAGGUCAACGGAAGUGCCGAGCUGAGUUAUCUGUACUCUCUCGCCAGGGACCUGUCCAACACUGGUGCCUUCAGCUUCAUCCCUGAGCCCAAAGAAGACUACUCUGACUGGGUGCUGGGGAACAUCCGCAUCACUGCUAGUGCUAAAUCAGAAGCAGCAAGGGAUGUACAAGCCCUCUGGAGCGGAGGUCACGUCCUUGCCUGGCACUUGGAGCAGGCUUUCAGAGACAACUCUUCUGCCUGGGCACAGGGCAAGUGUCUCCAGUGGGACACCCAGGAGAAGGACCUUCCCAACUUCCUCAAUGAACUCAUUGAUUGUCCUUGCACUUUGGCUCAGGCCCGUGCAGAUACGGGCAGGUUUCAUACUGACUAUAGUUGUGACAUUGAGAGGGGCAGUGUGUGUACCUAUCACCCAGGCUGUGUCCACUGUGUCAGAGCUGUUCAGGCCAGUCCUCUGCAUGGAUCAGGGCAGCAGUGCUGCUACGACAGCACGGGGGCUCUGGUGCUGACGGGGGACUCGGGUGGCGGCAGCACCCCGGACAGGGCUCACGACUGGGGCUCACCUCCAUACGGGGAGCCCCCACGGGUGCCCGGGUACUCCCACUGGCUUUAUGAUGUCAUGAGUUUCUACUACUGCUGCCUGUGGUCGGACUUCUGCCAGAUCUACCUAAACCAUCGACCUUCAAGCGGGUGUCGCAACUACCAGCCACCAAGAGCAGGUGUCGUCCUCGGGGACCCACAUUUCAUAACGUUUGACGGCCUCAGAUACACUUUCAACGGUAAAGGGGAGUAUCACCUGGUGUCUUCACCAGACAGAGGGCUGAGUGUUCAGGCCAGAACAGAGCAAGUGAAACUUAAGAACGGUUCCUUGGCCAGAGCCACGCGGUUGUCAUCAGUGGCUAUGAAGCAGAACUCCUCAGAUGUCAUCGAGGUGCGUCUGGCUGAAGACAAUCUCCAGGUGUUGAGGAACAAGAAGAUCCUACUUUUCACUGAGCAGCGAUGGAUGGACCUACGUGGCGUGUUCGUGUUCAGCCCCAGCCCUCAGAACGUGACCGUAAUCUUUUCCUCUGGUGUUGCCGUGGAGCUUCGUGUGCGUGAAGGAGCCAUGGCAGCGACUGUCCUGCUUCCGGCUGAGUUUUCCAAACACACCCACGGUCUCCUCGGCCUGAUGAACUCUGACCCAUCAGACGACCUCAAAACCCAGCUCGGAGGGGUCAUCUCCUCAGCUGACGCCACGUCGGAGGAAAUCUUUACGUUCGGAGCCGGUUGGAACAUUUCAAACGCGUCUUCCCUUUUCACAUACGACUCAAACUACCUGGUGGACGCGUACAGUUUGCAGCCAAGACACGACCCCGCGUUCGUUCCUGCCUUUUCUCUACCCGAGGGACCCGAUGACCCUCUGGUGGCAGACAUGUUGACGAUGUGCUCUGGAGAGGGGGCGCACUUCUGUAAAUACGAUACCCUGACCACCCGGAGCCUCGCGAUGGGAAACGCGACGCUCAGGGCUUUCCAAAACCACCAGGCCCUCACGGAAAACCUGAAACCAGUGGUGUCUUGUGGCUGGCUUCCCACGCCCAGGAAUGGGAAGAAGGAGAACGGGACACGUUACCUGGAAGGAGACAGCCUGAGCUUCAGCUGCAAUGAAGGCUACGUAUUGUACGGUUCAACGCAGCGCACUUGUCUGCACAGCGGGACCUGGACAGGACAGCAGCCCUGCUGCAUGACAGACGACUACGUGGGGUUUGUACUCGGCGCCGUCGGUUCCCUCUCGUCGCUGGUCACAAUGGGAGUAAUGAUCCGACUACACAACAGGAAGCAAGACAGAAGGAGAAAAGUGAACCCGGACCAGAUGGUGACCGAAGAACAGACUUGCUAAACCAUCAAAGAUCUUUUGGAUUGUGGAUCGACUCUGUGUGGCCCGAGGCCACGGACAUGUUUAGCGCUGAGCAUUUGGAACUGAUAUGCAGUCAUGUUGCCCAUUAGGACAGCGGCCCUCUCGUGACCCGCUGACCUUAUCAGGAGAACCCGGGGCGUAAGUCUUUCAGCGUGUUGUUUGGCCUUGUGCUUUCUAAUCCUGUUUAGUUUGGAAACCCUCCAGGUUGCGGUAAAUGGCGCAUGGGGUGACGAUUGAGGGAGCUGAAGUAAAGGAAAAAUGCCAUGCUUGUUUUUAUAUCCCCGUUUUGCACGACUGAACAUCUGAUCUUCGCUAGAAAGAGAAUUGUAUAAAUACUACAUGGAGAUAUCAUCAUUACAAUCAACACUCCCUUCUCGCGUUGGGUUUAAAAUAGGACCAGAUGUGUUCAUGUUCAUGUUCAUGUCGAAUGUGAAGCGAAUCUGAUCAAUUUUUUUUUUUUCUUUGGGGUUGAAAAACUCUGAACUUGUAUGUAGCUUAUGUGUGGGCCUUCAGUCAAGCGAAGGGUUUUGCUGAGUGAAAUCAACAAUCCACAUACACAAAGGUCAACAUUUCGCACUGUGAUGAAACUUUAGCACUGUCACACACCAGCCUUUAAAAACAAUGAUUGUGUGACGGCGUCUAUAAAUGUCCUCUUAUGAAAAUCAAUAAACUAUUCUGUGUCUGUGCA